AUGCUGGCAGUUAGCGCCAUUUUACCCAUCAUUGGGUAUCCUGGGUAUCACACUGAGAAGCAAGAAGGGUUAAGUGUGCCUGAAAGUACACCUUUCACAGCUGUCUUGAAGUUUGCUGCAGAAGAAUUCAAAGUUCCUGCAGCAACAAGUGCCAUUAUAACAAAUGAUGGAAUAGGAAUAAACCCUGCACAGACAGCAGGAAAUGUAUUUCUAAAGCAUGGUUCAGAUCUACGGAUUAUUCCCAGAGAUCGAGUUGGGAGCUCUUAACGUCUACUGAAAGCUUUGGAAUAAGUGACAUUGCCAUGCAGCAAAGGUCUAUUUAUUUUGGAACUCCAAAAUGCAACUAAUGAAUUGGCCUUUUUUAAAGCUAGCAAAAAUGACUUCCCAGGAUUUUUUUUUUUUAAAACAAAGAUAAGGUUUCAUUUUCUUGUUAAAACAUAUUAACUCAUGCACUGAUUCUUCCUUGACUGGUAGAAGAACGGGCUGAUUCCAUGUUAGGUUCCUGAAAGAAAGAUGGAUUUCUCUAUAAGUGUUACUGACACUGCAAGGGUAAACACACAGCCACGAUCAAUAAAUAUUUAAAUUAUUGGAUAUUGUUGAACCUACUUUGUGGAAGGGGGAACUGUGUUAUGAUUUUGUUACAAAGAAACUGUUCCUACUGAGUGCUAAAACUUUUUUCUUUUUUUUUUUUUUCUAAAUUUACUUCCAUGUUUAGAGGAACAGUUUUCACAUAGUUCAAGUAUUAAGCUCAAAUAGAAGGGAAAUUUCAGGGGUUUAUUACUCAAAUAAGUAAAUAACUGCCAAAUGUUCCAAAGUAAUUGUAAGAUUUAAUUGCUGCAAAUGUUUUAGAUAAAGGAGAAAACAGAGGUUUCUAUGUGUUAAAACUUCAUUUGGCAUAUUGUGAAGUUAAAUUCUCUGAAACUGCAUUUAAUUUAUGAGACCUAAUCUCGCGUGAAGUGCCAUCAGCUGAGAAGGACUGCAGCGUAAUUUGGGAACGUGUAGGUACUGGUCAAAUAUGUCAUUCCUUUUUCAGUAAACUAAUACUGGUUCUUUCCAA